AAGAUUGAUGAACAUGAGAUGCAACUAAAAGGAUGGUGUGGUGGUGAUGGUGGUGGUCAAAAUAAAUAAAAACAGGUCAGCAGAAGAAGAGGAGCAACAUAUAUAGCUUUAUAUGAUGGAUUGGUUGUUUGAGAGGUCAGUGAUGAUGAAGAAGAUGAUGAUGGAGUUGAGGGGAGUAGUAGUAGUGAGCAUGGGUGUGGAUUUGGUGAUGGUUACUCUAGGUCUGUUGGUGAUGGGAUUGUACCAUGUUUGGUUGUUGCGCACCAUCCUUUGCUGCCCCAACCGCACCGUCAUCGGCCUCAACGCUCUUGCUCGCAAGCGCUGGGUCAGAGCCAUGAUCUCUGAUCCAAUGAAGAAUGGUGUUCUUGCAGUGCAAACAAUAAGAAACAAUAUAAUGGCAUCCACAGUGCUUGCAACCACAGCCAUCACUCUCAGCUCACUCAUCAGUGUCUUUGUAGGAGUUACAACAACAAACUCAUUAACUUCAUCUUCCAUGUUCUUCCCUCCAAACAACCCAGACACUCACUUGGCUUCAAUCAAAUUCCUCUCAAUCUCUCUCUGUUUCCUCUUGGCCUUUUUGUGCAAUGUUCAAUCCAUCAGAUACUAUGCUCAUGUUAGCUUUUUAUUAACAACACCUGCAAACAUUGAAGGUGGUGGUGGUGGUGCCAUCUCUCUGGCCUAUGUUACCAGGAACUUGAACCAUGGCUGCUUCUUCUGGUCUUUGGGAAUGAGAGCUUUCUAUGUUUCUUUCACUCUAUUUCUUUGGAUCUUUGGUCCUGUUUUCAUGUUUGUUUCUUGUGUUGUUAUGUGCUCUUUGCUUUAUUUCUUGGAUACUGCCUCUGAGUCUGCAAGAGAUAUUCAUGACCUAUUUAAUGGGGAGGUUUAGCAAUGCACCUCUCUUGCUUGUAAUGUCUUAACUUUGGAGAUAUUGAUGAUCUUUUAAUUUGUUUACCUUGUCAGGGUUGUGCGGAUGAAAUGAAACCGCAUAGAAACCAUAACUAUCUAUGUUUGUAAUUGAGAGGUUUCGAGUUUAAGUCUCUCAUAUUAUUAUUUAUUUUCUGAGUUUCA